AUGGCGCAGCGCACGAUAAUUGACGUGGAACUUUUGACAGAACAUCUGGGAUACGCACCAAUUUCGCUGCUGGACAGCAUCAUCAAUAAUGUCAAUGCCGUAGCCGACAAGACGCUCGACCGCGUCGAGCAGGGUCUUUCGAAGGCGCCUCCGAAAGCGCUCGGGUUCGAAAAGGCGCUGAAGCAGAAGAAACGGUCCGCAGACGAGGUUGUCGACGUCGAGGAGACGGCGAAGCUCGAGAUCGUCGACGGCGUCCACAAGCUGGAGACGCUGCUGUGCGCCGCGAUUGACAAGAAUUUCGACAAGUUUGAGCUUUACGUAAUGAAGAAUAUUCUGAGCAUUCAGCAGGGCCAGCGAAAUUGGAUGCGCCUCGCCCAUUACGACGGUCUCGACUUCAAUGCCACUCACGAGGACGCGCCGACGAGGGAAAGCGUCGAUGCGCUGAGAAGGAAGCUACAGGCCAGCCAGCGGCUCAACGUGAUGCUACACGCCGAGCAGGCAAAGAAUGCGGCGCUACUGGCGAAGCUGCGAGGGGUCAUUGGUGGUAAGCUCGCCGGAUCCAGGGCCUCGCUGGUGGGACAGGUCAAGGUUGAGGGGUCCGACGACAGGGCGCCGUUCCAGUUCCUGCAGGAGAAGGGCGACUUGGCAGACGGUGAUUUCAAAGCGCCUAUAACGACCACGACCGCCUUCAACAUGUCGCAACUCCAGGCGCUGCGCGCGUUAUCGACGUCGCUGCGUAACAUCAUGCCUGACCUUAAGGACCCGUCCAGCAACGAGGACGGCCCCGAGAAGCAAAAGAGUUGGAGACGAGAGAGAAUGGAGUAUGUCGAGGGGGCCACGCGGAAGCAUCUGGAGCAUGUGCGUGGGCUAGAGCUCGGCAAGGAUGGCGAUGUGCGCGAUGGCGAGUGGCAAGGUGAGGGCAGGAAGUUUGCCAUGGGCGAGGUGGAGGGGCUGGAGCAAGUGGUUGCCGCGCUCGGGGGAGAUGUCAACUUCUUUGAGAAGAUUGAAAUGAACUCACAAGCUCGCCACCGACAGAGCAUGCCCAACGGCACCGUCGUCAUCUUAGCUGCGAUGCCAGGUCAGGCGAUUUGGCUCUUGCGCAGAGCGACCACUCGCUUUCCCGUCAGCGGGCUAUCACUCAGACGGAUCCCAAUCAAUCAGGAUAGAAACUCGAUGUGCCUGAGGCAAGUAAAGCUCGCUGCUUCACUCAGCCAAGCACGAAAAGUUGCAGGGCAGCUAUUUAGGAUACCGUCACCGUUGGGGCAUCGACAGGGAACGAGAAUCCACAUGGAUGAAGGCCAUGGUGUCUUGCCAAUACCAGCUAGGCUAGAGCAGACGACAGAUGUCUCGAUGAUGCAGACUUCUCUCAUGUCGAGAUCGCUUCAGGAGGGCCCCGCGUCUCUUCUGGAGAGGAUUCGCAAGGACGCAGAGCAUUGGAGGUAUGGGCAGAGACAUAUCACAACUUGUUGGGUUCAAUAUACGUGGAAUAAGAUGCGGUUCACCCGAGAAGGAUGGCAAGGAGGAAAUUUUUACCUCGUGACCAAGGGUCACACUCGGUCAAGGAAGGAAGUGACGCCCCAAGUUGAAACGGGGUUCCUGCCUCUAGCUCCACCACAUCGGGCACCUCUCACUUCUACGGCAUCACCGACCAAGAUGCCGUCUCAUCUACCCGACGAGAUUUUUCUCGCAAUCAUCAAAAGCCUCCCACAUCCCGAACCGACCUACAUGCGCCCCAGCGGUCGAGACUAUGCCACUUUGUCCAACCUUUGCCUUGUAUCCAGAGGUUUCCAGAAAGUUGCGGAGCCCUUUCUUUACCAUACGGUCUGGCUUUCGGAUUGUAGCUUCAACCGUUUCCUUGAGACCAUCAAAAGCAAACGCUACCUAGGAAGAUACGUCAGGCAUCUCACCAUCCCCCGUAGGCUCGAUCACUCGUGGGCCGAGAAAGACCUUGAAGAGCAGUUAUUCCAGUUGCAACGCUCUGCCGAACAUGGGCAUUUCAAGGCCGCCAUUGAUCGUUAUAGAAGUGGUUCUGGAGAGCUCUUGCGUUUCCGAGGAGCUCCUCAUAUGCUACUCCUGGCCUGGCUGCUUCCAGAGGUGGAGAUCAUGCAUUGCCUGUCAGACGAUGGGCAGAUGGAAUUGAUCGGCGAGGUGGAACAACCGGGACCCUUUCCCCGUCUACGAGAGGUCCAUGCCAACCAAUGGGAAUAUCUUGAGGAUCGCCAAAGCUUUCGGCUCUCUCGAUGGGAGCCCUUGCUUUUACAGGGAGUGGAGGCCUUUAGCGGAAGGGGAAUCGAGUGGAAUGAAACGGAACAACCCCUAGCGCUGAAGUCGGUCUGCCUGUUUAACUCGCUAUAUAAGGCAGCGGACUUGACAAACCUGCUCAGAUGCUGUCCCGAUCUGAAGGCAUUAAGCCUAAGAUGGGGCAAGGCCUUCGACAGCAUGUUCAAUUACAGUGGCGGCGUUCCCGAGUGCAAUGGAAUCGGCGAGGCUCUGCGUCAACAUGGAAAGAACCUCCGUAGAUUGGAGCUGGACUGCCGCCCAAAAUUCGAAAAGACGGAUGACUACCAUGACCCUGAUGACGUCGUGAGACUGGGACGUAUCGGGUCACUGCGAGAAUUGGCACGGCUCGAGACGCUCGAGAUUCCCCUCGAUAUGCUGCUGGGGAGUGAUGGCGGGCAUGGAUCGAACCCAAACGAAGGGAACAUUGAGGAUCAGUCAAUGAAAUCAAUCUUGCACCUCAGCAAUGUUCUACCGAGCUCAGUGGAGGUGCUGGGGCUGCUGGAAGAUUCGUCGAAGAGCGAGGAACGUUUAAACCUUCAGGUACAAGGCUUACGGGCAACUGGGAGCAUGGUAAAGCUGCGUUCGGUUACGGUCCUCCGGAGCGAGGUAAUCCCUCUCGACCGACAUGAACUGCUGGCUGAUGUUCUUGGGAUCGAACAUAAGGUUAAGGAAUCGAAGAGAACAAUCAAAAUAUCGGACCAGGCGGAGAUUGAAAUAAUAUGGUUCUCCGAGAAUACUAUGUACUUUGGCAGCUCCCAUCUUUGA